AGAAAGUACAGUGUUCUCGGGAUGUAAGUGGCGAAUUCUUAGAACACUGGGAGGUAUGUGUUGACCAGGAAGGAUUGAGAAAUUUUGGUCACCUUCCCAUAGGCCCAACCUUCUCCGAUGAGCCCGCCGGUGAUUACAUCUUAGGGCUUAUGGUAACAGUUCGUCUGAAAACGCCAAGCUACGUUGUUGCUCCGUAGUGACCUUAGUUCAGAGAUACGUUGAUGCUUUAGCGGCUUACCAUGGCUCUGCGGGGGGUGUGGCUCAUACGCCACGAACCGGGAACUCCACUUUGUGGCUCCGUGAGAUUCUCCAGACGGUAUCCAACUGUUGAAAAGCGAGCUAAAAUCUUCAAUGGAGUGAGUUAUGUGCCUGUUCCUGAAGAUGGUCCUUUUCUUAAAGCACUACUCUUUGAACUUAGAUUAUUGGAUGAUGAUAAAGAUUUCAUGGAAUGUCGUGACAGUUGUUCACGCAUCAAUAAAACAUCUAUCUAUGGGCUUCCAAUAGGAGGUGAAGAACUCUGGCCAGUUGUUGCAUUUCUGAAGAAUGGCAUGAUAUAUGCGAGUGUUCCACUAGUUGAACAGACUCUGUCCCCUCGUCCACCACUAAUUAGCAUUAGUGGAAUUUCACAAGGCUUACAGCUCCUUUUUGGUAUACAGGAUUUUCUGUACUUAGGUCAAAAAAAUGACAGUGAGCUAAAUACAAAAUUAAGCCAGUUGCCUGACUUGCUUCUACAGGCUUGUCCAUUUGGUACUUUAUUGGAUGCCAACAUACAGAAUUUCUUGGAUAACAUUAACUUUGCUUCUGUGACUCAGCCACAAAAACAGCCAGCCUGGAAAUCUGGGACAUACAAAGGAAAACCACAAGUUUCCAUUUCUAUCACUGAAAAGGUAAAAUCCAUGCAGUAUGAUAAACAGGACAUAGCAGAUACGUGGCAAGUUGUUGGAGCAGUCACUUGCAAGUGUGAUUUGGAAGGAAUCAUGCCAAAUGUUACCAUCAGCUUGAGUCUCCCCACCAAUGGCUCUCCACUUCAAGAUAUUCUUGUUCAUCCUUGUGUGACUUCUCUUGACUCUGCCAUUCUGACUUCUAAUAGCACUGAUGCAAUGGAUGAUUCUGCAUUUAGUGGGCCGUACAAAUUUCCAUUCUCUCCACCUUUAGAGUCAUUCAACUUAUGUUACUACACUUCCCAGGUCCCUGUCCCACCAAUUUUGGGUUUUUAUCAAGUGAAAGAAGAAGAAGUACAACUAAAAAUAGCAGUUAAUUUAAAACUUCAUGAAAGUGUAAAAAAUAAUUUUGAAUUCUGUGAAGCUCAUAUACCUUUUUACAAUAGAGGCCCAAUUACACAUUUGGAAUACAAAGUUAGUUAUGGCCAGCUUGAGGUCUUUCGAGAGAAAGGCUUACUGAUCUGGAUUAUUGGCCAAAAGUUUCCAAAAUCACUGGAAAUUAAUCUUUCUGGAACUAUAACUUUUGGAGCCAAGAGCCAUGACAAGCAGCUGUUUGACCAGAUUUGUAUUGGAGGUACAGCAUAUAUAAAGCUUCAUUUCAGGAUCUUAGAUUACACACUCACUGGUUGUUACGCAGAUCAGCAUUCAGUUCAAGUGUUUGCAUCAGGAAAACCAAAAAUAAGCACACAUCGGAAACUAAUUUCAUCUGAUUAUUACAUCUGGAAUUCUAAAGCCCCUGCUCCAGUAACAUAUGGAUCAUUAUUAUUGUGAUUUUCUCAUGUUUAAAUAGAAUUUAUUAGCCUGGUGUGAUGGUGAAUGCAUGUAGUCUCAGCAUUCUGAGAGACUGAGGCAGGAAAAUUGUAAGUUCAAGCCCAUCCUGAGUAACUUAGUGACUGAGCAAGAACCAGUCUCAAGUUAAAGGACUGGGGAUGCAGCUCAGUGCAAAGGCCCUGAGUCUAAUCCCUAGAACUGCAUGCAGUGAUUGAUUGAUAGAGUGAGUGAGUGAGUGAGUUUAUAUUACAGUAACAUAGCUUACAUGGAAUACAAUCUUUUAUUUCUAAUUUAUAUUCAUAUAAUCUGUGAGUAAAAAAAUGAGUGAUUUAAUUAAAAAAGUACUCAUAUUUACUGUUCUUAGUCUGGUAUAGUAGUUUGAAAGAAUAUUUUAAAAGCUGAUGUCUUCAGUUUUGUUAUCUUUGAUUUUAUGUCAGUAUGAUUCAGAAUGUAGAAAAGUGUGAUUCAUUCUAGCACAUUUUAGACUAGUCUUUGGUCAGCACAUCGUAAUACUCCUUCCUCCACCUCUGGCAGACAUUGUUAAUCAUUCACAGCUUUUCAACACUGAGCCUUUCUGAGUAAAAAUCUGGGCUUAUUCUCAGUGCAGAACUUCAGGCAGCCAUUCCAGUGGAUUGUAGCUGGGAUGCAAGGUUCUAAACCUGAGUCCUAAGCCCUUGGUACAAUGCGCUGUUACAGAAUACCAGAAACCAAGUGAGAAACAACUAUAAAAUUUCUUGGGGAAAAAAAAAAAAAAAAAAAAACCAGUUAACAGAGAAAAAGGCAAAUUACUUUAAUAGUAACUUGUUCUUUAACACUUCUAGCCUACUGACUAAUAAAGAAUCUGCGUAAUUCUAUUUAAGUUAGUACUUGUCUCAGUUCUACAGCCUCUUGUUAGUAAGCUUGUGAAUCUGCCAAAAUAACUGGUUGCUUGGGAUGUCAUCAGGCAUGCUAAGACAGAUGGAAUACUCUGAAGAUGUAAGAGGUGUUCUGUGAUCAUUUCAUGUCUGCAGCCAAGUUUUUAAAGAUAAAUUUAAGUAUAAUUAUUGCUUUUUCCAUGUUUUACUAAAUUAAAACCCAUUAAUGAAUGGAUUCAUAUUAAAAAUUCAAAAAGCCUUUGUGUGAGUAUAGAGGCUUACUUUUAGUCUUAUUUGGCAUAUUUUCUUUAAAUUUAUUGCUCGUAUUCCUUAUUACCAUCUUUUAAUUCCUUUAGAAACCACCCAGUCAUAUCCUUUAUUCUCCACUUGUUUCUACAGUUACAGUUACACGUACAGAACUAAACCAACUUGUUUCUAUCCCAUGUUCUGUUUUCAGAGCAGUUCAUUGUCAAGUUGGAGUUUAAGUGGCCAAAAAAAGUCUCAAGAUCCUCAGAACUUAAUUCAUGUCAAAGUUCUUCAUACAGAACAGAAUUAGAACCAUUAUAAAAAAUAUGCAGUACAGAUUAAUAUUCCAAACUCAGUUAUGUCUUAGGUUGUUUUUUUAAUGAGUCUCCUAAGGAAACGCUUAGAAAAAGCUGCUAACUCCUCAAAAAAGAUCCAUAAUAGUUUGAAGGGAUACUGCAUAUAAACUUAGGAUUUGAAGUAAGACUUUUUAAUUAAGGUCAGUCCUACUCAUUGUAAACUCAUUUUCUGCAAAUCAUUAUCAAAGCAUAAGGUUUUAUGUUCAGAAUUAUACCACAUAUUAAAGAAAAGAGAAUAACUGCCUGACCAGGACUUCAACUUGCUUUUCUAGCUUAAUUGUAGAUAAUCAGUAGUAAAAACUUUAUUUGGGGUGAGUGAAAGAAAAUACCAUCCCCCAUAAGUUAUUUAUCUCUUCAACUCAAAGAAAGCUUAACAUUUCCUUAUGUUAUCAUUAAUAGAACCGUUUGGUGAUCCUGAGUGUACAAUGCUUAGCAAAGAGCACUGCAGUAGGCGAGAGGUAUUUAUGUGGAGUAAGGAGAGGCUCAAUAUAAUCCCUGAGACAAAACUUCUACAUAAGCAAAUUAGCAAAACCAGCAAACUUUGAUUUGGCAUUUCUAGAAGCCAGAGGAAGUCUAGGGAGGACUAGACAGCAUAGGGGUGGCGGGGAACCUAGGGCCAUCUGUUGCCCUUCCAUCCUAACAUCACACUGCAGAACUAAACCAACUUCUGUUUCUAUCCCAGUGAGGUCAGCUGGGCACACUGCGAUGCUUUUGAUUUUGUCUAGAAACCUGUCACUUCAGGAUAAUUUCUGAAGACAAAGUCUGUUUCCCGUUUGGUAGGUGACCUGUUUAAUGUUUUCCCUGCGUCUGGGAACUCCUUAGUGUAAUUAGCGACCUUUGAACUCCACAACUAAUCCUGAGCUAUUUUGUAUUCCUUACUCAUCUUUAAGGCUGGACCUUUCUUUUCUUCAGAGUCUGCUGCCACAAUUAAAGAAGAAACAGCUGCAUUUCAAAGGGAUUCCGAUUCCAGAAGCUUAAUCGUGAUUGACAUGUUCUUAUUCUAAGCUAUAAGACACUCUAAGAGUCCUUUCUUGGGUUAAAACUUCAAUCAUUUUCUAAAAAAUUAUCUCACUAUGGAUUUUAUUCAUUUUCUUUGAUAACUAUUCUUUGCAUUUUUAAACUUGAAAGAUGCUUUGCGUUUGCAGUGAAUAUGAGCAACUACUUGCAGUGAAAGACAUGGAUGGUGUCAGACCUGCUCUAGAUGCAAAAUUGCUAAACUCUCUUUGGUGCCAAAAUAUGAUUAUGAAAUCUGAUGUCUAUCAUAAGGGUAAUUAUUCUUCCCUAAAUCCAAAGGGCAGAAAGAAAAAGUUAAAUUUCUGAGAAUGAGCUCCAGAAAAGAUAGUUCACAACUUUUUAAAGCCAGCAAUAUAGUAGGCACUACGGUUACUGUGAUAUUUUAGACUUCUUGAGUAAUUACCUCAGUCUCAGGUUUGAAGUGUAAAUAGUCUUGUCAGAAAUUCUUAGGAGAACUGUUUAAAAUUUAUUUCUGUUAAACAGUCUCAUAAUUUUUUAUGCUAACUCAAUAUUUUUGUUUUAAAAUCAUUAUGGUUUUAUACAAUGUUUGACUUAAGAUCUUUUCCAGAAGACAUUUUGUACAUAUAACACCUGCUAAUAUUUUUCUUGUAGUUUUUCUUACAGUAUUUAAACAGACAUUGAUUGAUUCUUAUAUUACUACCCAUAGGAAGUGCAUAGGUGGAAUUAUCAUCAAAACCUCUGCAGAGACUGCUGCUAUGGCACAGUAGUUGUUCAUAAAACAAAGGUCAAAAAAGGGAUGUUAAUAAACAGUCCUCAGGUUUAAGGGACUUGUUUAGGAUUACAUCUUAAAUUCCAACAAAUCAGAUUUAGGAGUUACUGAAAGUGAAAUUGAUCCAUCCCUCAUCCAAGCUUUGCAACUUUCCUGUUCUGACAUCAUUUAGAUAGUUAGCUGUAUUAUCAGAUUAGAAACCAUUGUGCCAGGCUGCUGAAAGGAAAAGGAGGCAAAAAGCUAAACAUGGGAUGAGUUCUGAACCUUCUAACCUGGCUGAAGUAUGUUGGUCCCUGUUAUGCAAAGACCUUCAAUCCUCUGCUAAGUUCAGUGGAAAUAAUUUUCUUGAAUGACAGGCUUAUUCAGCAAGGAUUCAGUUGGUGAUUAAUCCCCCUUUGAUCUAGGGUAUUUCACUUAACUACCAGUUACCUCAUUCUGACAAAGUGCAACUGAGAUUAGGGAGAUCACUAGAACACUACCAGGGUGUGCAUUUAUUCUCUAUAACCUUUUAAAGCAAGGGCCAGGAAUGCAAUUUAUUUUCAGUAUUUGAAAAUGUAAAGUCUUGUCUGCUAAGUUAGAAAGUCAAUUGAAUACCAAAUGAAGUUUAUUUCUUACGUAAUAGAACAAACAUUUCUUUUUGCUUUGCCUAACAAUGAUAUAAGGAAACACAGGCUUUGAAAAAGGAAGAAACAAAGACUACGUUCCAAGUAUAGCCUCCCAUUUUGUUUUCUGUGCUAGAAUAUAUGCUUAUUGGCCCUCCAAUAACCGAAAAAUCAAAGGCGCAGCUACAGUUUAGGUUGAGAACAUGCUUCUGUUUUAUUAUUAAACUACAUAGUUUCUUCUUACAUCCCAUCACCAUCAUUAGUAAAUGUCAUGCUAUGGGGUAAAGAAAUCCAGUUAGGGAAAAUGUUGUAAUACACAGUUAUUCAUCGCAAGACUUCUGAUUUCAAAGCUUUGCUUAUUAACUUCUCCUUUCUUGAGGACACAGAGCUUGUUAUAUUUCCAUUAAAAUAAUAAUUGCAUUCAUUUUCCGAAAGAAGAUUUUGCCAUAAAGUAUCAUUACCAAAAUAGUUUAAAGAAAUUAUUUUAAGUGUUCUUUUCCCAUUUUCUUCUUUAUCUGGAUGCCUCUUCUAUGUAUUUAAACUUUGAAGUAUUCUGUGGAACUGUGAGAAAAAAAAUAGGACUUUUUAAAUAUGUUAACAAUAUCAAUCUACUUAUUUUGCAAGAUGUCCAAGUUUGGAGAUUUAUUCUUCAAAUAUAAUUCCAGACCUUUAAAAUAUAUACACAGAUACCUAUAAUUAUGUACAGUAAAAGUUGUUUCUAAGAUUAUAUUUAACCAAGACCUGGUAACACUUCUAAUCCCAAGCACUAGGUAAACUGAGGCAGGAUCACUUGAGCCCAGGAAUUCCAAACCAGUCUGGGCAUGAUAAUGAGACACCAUCUCAAAAAUAAAUAAAUAAAUUUUUAUUAGUGAUAAAUUUUACAGGCAACACAUUUUGGUAAACUGUUUCAUAGUUGCUCAUCCUAGUGGUGAUUUGCAAGAUCAUUUCUAUUACUUUUUUGACUCGAUCCUUUUGUGGUCUGAUUUAUAAAUUGAAACAGUGUCUCUAAGAAGCAUGUAUCUAAGUUUGUGCCAAAUCAGCCUCCUCUAGUUUCCAUUUAAUAAUCCAUUUCCAGGUGUCUUUAAAUAGUAAAUUACUUAGCCAUAGCAAAAUUGAGGAUCAAAAAAUAUGUAUACAGAAGAGUAGGAGGGCAUGAUCAUAUGUAUGUGUUGCUAAGAAACAUGUUUCAGUAAUUACUCAUGCAGUAAAAAAUAAAAUGCCACAGUACAUUUUAAAAUAUGACAUUAUAGAGUAUAUUUUUGCACAGCAUACAUGUGUAUGUAUGUGUGGAUGUAAUGUAUAUGAUGCUGGUAUGUCAUUUCCUGUGAAACAUUUCAGCAUCAAGCCAGAGGAAGGAUAUUUACAAUCAGGUAUCUUCCCUCCAAAUACUAAUAAUAAUAAUGAGACUCAUUAAAGUGAACACUGCCCAGGGUCUCAAUGAGCCUAGUCUUACAAAAUGGUUAAAACUCUUCAAAAGCCAAAGGCUUUUCGGUUAGCUUCUAAUUUUCAUCACCAAAUAGAACACUGUUUUCCAUAUACAUUCUGGAGAAGUUCAGUGGCGUCAUGAUAAUGCCAUUUCCUGCCUUGUAAACCUGUUAUUCUGAGGUCCAAGUUGAUUUCUCUAAGGACUCAGCUACUCUAUGAAUUUACAGAUUGCUAAAUGCCCAGCACUGGAAACCACCUGCUGAUAGUUUUUCAGUAGGAAGUGAAAAUCUACAUAUCUAGAAUGCAUUGAACAUUUCUAACUGUUCCUUAGUAUGUCUUUUUUUUCCCCUCACAGUACUGGGGAUUGAACACAAGGCCUCACUCAUACACAAGGGCUGUAGCACAGACAUUCCCCAGCCUAAAUGACCUCUUUUAAAUGAUAAUUCAGGAGGAGGGGUGACUGUUUAGUAAACACUAACGAGAUGGUGAUGAUGAUGGAAAAUUAAACGUCAAAACUUUUUACCUUUUGCAAGGACUUGGGUGCCCUCUACAGGUUAUAAAGAGAAAAUGACUUUUAAACCUUACUACAUUUUUCUUUUAAAAGCAGAGCUUGCUUUUAAUCUGUGUGAUCCAAUUUAUUUACAUUAUUUGCCAGUGAUUGAAUAGGAGUUUCCUUUUUCUACUGGUUUUUAUUACUGUGUUUAAUAUGAAGAAUGUAAGGCUAGUGAAUUUUUAGAUCACUUAGCUGGAGCCCUUUAAAUCUUGGGUUUGUAGAAGCAGAGAUUCACAAAAAGAUUGGAAAAACAUGUAGUUACUUUGACAUUUAUUGCAAAUUCUGAGAGUAGAUUGAGAAAACAUUUACCUAUCUUGAAAUUCAUUGAAGAUUUUGAGGCUAGCUUGAUUACAUCCUAUUACAUUUUUGUUAUAGUGUGCAUUUGAAAUAAGUCUUGCUUUUUCAACAUAUAUCAUGUAAAUCAUGUAAUAUUACAUGAGAUGGAAAAUUAAAAAUCACAGGAGGCUUCUGUUCUUGAGUGAUGUAAUUUUUUAAAGGAUUGAUUAGAUAAUGCUUUGGUAUUGUUGCAUAGAUCUACUAUUAGAGUAUUUCUACUUGAAGCAGAAGACCACCUAUAUUAGUCACCGUAUGGAAAUAGACAAGAAUGGUUGUCUAUUUUAGUGCAGCCCUACAUUCUCAACAGGUGUAGCAGAUUUGUUCCUAAAGGAUAAAGGAGUUCAUUUGUAUACGAAACUAUAGACCUGGAGUGUAGUGGCACUUCUUAUUCAAUUAAUGUAUUUGGUGAAGCCUCUGGGGAAACUAAAUAUGAGAAGAAUAUGAGGAAUGACUGGAUCAGAUUCAUGGAAAUAGAUCUUUGUGCAAGCAGUGUAAUGAUUCUGAUCAUCAACCUUGAAAAGUAAAUUAGAACAAGCAAAUUACUGUUGAGAAAUUCUUUCAGCACUCUGCUGUUGCUACUCAGCUAGUCAUGGCUCAGCCAGAGGCCAGGGAAAAAUGUGCUCAGAUUUGCACUGACAAAGGAAACAUUAUUAAAGUGAAUGUUUACAUUGUGUUUAUUGAAGUGUUCAAAGAGUAUUUGUUGCAUCUUCAACCUGCUGCUCUCCAAACUAUUACAGUGCAUGAGUGAUAAUAAAAAUGAGUCAUUUGUA